CUGUUGACUAUCUACUAUGGGAAAAUUCCUUCGUGCCGGACGUGUUGUCAUCCUCCUUAACGGUCGCCAAGCCGGUCACAAGGCUGUGAUUGCCAAAGUCAACGAGAACGGCACCAAGAGCCAUCCCUAUGGGCACUGCCUCGUCGUUGGUAUCGAGAAACAUCCCCAAUCUGUCACUAAGAAGAUGAGCAUGAAAAAGCAGGAUAAGCGCUCUAGGGUGAAGACCUUCGUGAAGUAUGUCAACUUCAACCAUCUGAUUGCCACCAGGUAUACUCUCCCUCAUGAUAUCGAUGGUAAAACUUUGGUGUCUGAUGAACAGAUGCAAACUGUUGAUGGCAGAAAGCAGGCUAAGUUGAGUUUCUCUAAAUUGAUGAAGGAGAAGUUCCAAAAGCCUUCUCUCGAGAAGAGCGGCAACAAGCCUUCCAAGGACUUGGUCUUCCUCAGAAGAAAGCUCCGCUUCUAAGUGUAGUGAUGGUGGUGAUAGCAACAGGUUGAGGUUGGUGUGGUACUGUCGCUGGUUCUCGAAGGAUG